AUGGAACGGUACACAUCAUAUAUAGGAUGUGAGAUUUCUAAAGUGCCUUUAUCUGAGAUCGCUCAGAGGAUUAUGACUGCUUUGCAGUCUGUUCCUGUAGAAGUUCAGACUAGCAGAAAAAAUAACCAGAGUAUGGAGAAGACAAAGGAAAAUAAACUAGGUGAUAAGGAUGCAUAUCUGAAAAAUGAAAAGGAGACUCAUGAUUCCACAUUUACCUUGUCAAAAACAUCUGCCAGCCCUGAAAAAAGUACUGCUAGUCAGAUAGUCAGAACAGUGUGUAUCAAUGAAAUGAUUUGCUGUCAAGAUACCAAAAUAGUGAGCUAUUUCCAGGAUUUAGAUUUGCCAACACGGGGAUAUCGAGAAAGAAAUCUUUCAGUAGAAGCAAAAAACCUGAAGGAUGGUGAAAAGAAUAUAGCUACUGCCCUUAAAAGAAAGCAAGAUGUGUUUACAUGUGGUGCAGAGAAGACAAGAAGAUUACCUCUAAAGACCUACACCUCUUCACAUGAAAGAGACAAGUGUACUUCUGGACGAACAGAGUCCUCUAAAAAUUAUCCUUGUGAUAUCAGGAGUUUGGGAUGUGAAGAAAAAAGAGAAUUGCUUGCUACUAUAGAACAGGCAGUGGCUUUUGUAACUACUAUGAUAUUUCAGGAUGGUUCUUCACAGCUCAACUCAGAGCAGGUCUUAACCUCAUUGGUAAAAGGAGUUACUGUGUUAGUGAAGAGUCAGACUGAUCAUCCUUGCCCUCCCAGUUACUCUUCAGAUGACUCUACUUGGAAUGCUGCUAAUGAAAAUGAUAAAUUAAUUUAUUUAGAAACUGAAUGGUCAUCUCCUUGGGAACAAGAACAACAGGCUCACAAGAAAUUUGCAUGGCAAGUGUUGUUUCAAAUGCUACAAUGCAAAGUUCCGAUUAUUUGCUUCAAUGCAAAAGAUUUCCUGAGGACUCUACUUCAAGUUUAUGACAAUGAAAUUAGCUGGAAACAAGUUGCCGAGACUGUUGUGUUAGAUCCAAGGAUUGCAGCAUGGCUGAUAAACCCCAGCGACACAGUUCCCUCUUUUGAAUGUUUAAUACAGAAGUAUUUUGAAAAGCCUUUUUCUAUGGAAACAGUAAAUACAGAUACAGGCACUUUGAGAAAUGCAUCAUAUCAAAACUUAGGUGUGAGCUUGGAGAAGCUUUAUAAAGUAAUGAUGGACCUUACUCGUGACUUACAGGUUCAAGGUUUGUGGAAAUUAUUUUGCACAUUAGAGCUUCCACUUAUCAAAAUUCUGGCAGUGAUGGAAACACACAAAAUACAUGUGAACAAACAAGAACUGAAGAAAACAUCAGAAAUUCUGGGGUUGCGACUCAAAGAGCUUGAACAGGAAGCUCAUCAAGUUGCUGGAGAACGAUUCCUUUUGACCAGCAGUAGUCAACUCAGAGAGGUAGUAUUUAUACUACUGUUAUUAU